AUGAUGACAAUCACAACGCAACACCGCCACAAGGAACAUGUUCUUUGCCAAGACACUGCUCUAAGAAUCACCGAAGAGACGCCGCCGCCUCCGAACCAGAAGGGCUCGAGAGGCGGCGGCGGCGGACACAGGCCGGGGACGUGGACACAGGAGCGAAUCCAAGCCGCAGCGCAGGUGGAGCGCCCACAGGGCCUGGGGCCGCGGGGCCUGUGCAGCCCACAUGAGAGCGGAGGGCGGGCGGCUGGGCGAGGGCCAUCGCCGUCAGCAACAGGUGUGGCCGGGCAGGAGGAGGAGGAGGAGGGCUUGAGGCUGGCGUCAGCGAGGAGCAAGGGAGCCACAAGAAAGAAGGGCAAGGGUAGGGGUACGGGCAGGGGGCCAGGAGGACAGGGGGACAGAGGGGGGCGAGGGCAGGGACACAUUGUGCGCGCCACCUGCCCUUGCCGGCCUGGGAACCGCGCUUCCCCUCCGUUCCCACUUCCGACCUGCACUCCGGACCUGCCCCGGGCCACGGACACUGCCUUCCCUGCGCCCCUCCCGCGCGUGGGUAUGGGCGCGCGGGCACAACACCGCGUCAUCCCCCCCGGCCCUCCCCAGACCCUUGCCUCCUCCCCCACUCUCCCCUUCUCCCCCACAAAAGCCAACACGCACUCCAGGAACGAGGAAGGCGCCCACCACCCUCCGACGCGCCCACCUCUCUCCGCCCCGACCCCGACGACACGGCGCGCCUCGACCCAUCCCUGCAAAUGCUUUCCUUUCCGCCGAGCGCAGCCGCCCGCCCCCCGACAGAGACUCUUGGCCGGACUCCCGAAAAGCGCGUCGUCGAUGUUGGUAACCUGA